UUGGAAGAAGAGACAGAAUACUUACUUAGAACUUACAUUGGUAGCCGUCUGGUUGAGGUUUCUGUUGGAGCUGAUAACAAGCUGGGUCUGAAUAUGGCACAGCCCAAGGGUUCUCCUGGUUUCUGCUUCCCCUGGGGCUUUGGAGAGGUGUGGUGCUUGGGAGAAGGAAUGAAGUGGGUACAAAAGGGCACAGGGCUGUGUUGGUAGGACUUGGAAGGCUUUUAAAACUCUCACACAUUUCCAUUAUGGACUUUUCCUUUUCUCUCUUACUGCAAAACCUUUUCAAGUAGUAAAAUGGAGCAGUGGCCUAAUAAUCCUUGUAUGGGAAGUUGGGUUCUCGGUGUAUUUGCAGGUCAGUGUCUCUGUGCCAUUAUUCAAGUCCAAGCACACAGUGUCACCUUAAAUGUUUGUUCAGUUAGGUGCUUUACUGGGUAAAUAAGUGUCUUGCUUUAGAAGUACCCUGAAAGUGUUGUUGGAUGCUGUCAUGUUGGUGGAUUCUCAGCAGCAGGAGCAGAAGUGCAGGGUUUGCAGUCCUGGCACUGGCACCUGUUUUCCUGACAGCCCUUCACCACUCCAAACCACACCCAGCAGCUUCCAUCUGGAACCCACUUCAUUGCUUUUCGAUGCACUCCAUGCUACAGCCAUAUUGUUUUGUUUGCCCUUGGAAGCUGCAGCAGCCCCACUCCGUGGGGUGAAGGCUGGUGAGGGAUGUGAUUAUCUUGGUGCCCAUAUGGAGUUCUGGCAGGUGCCAGAGGUGGGUGGCCCACCCGAACGAGUGUAUCUUCCUUGAACACUUUCAACUGGGGUUCCUGGCCUCUGUCACACUGUGAAACUUAAGAGCUCUCAGUUCAACUGCUUUUCAGGCUGUUCAUGCUGGGAAAGUUAAGAAGGACAAGAUUUGGUUCAUUCAUACGGAAAUAUGUGUCAGGAAAAAACCAAAGGGUGGUAAGGAAAACAUGGAAUUUGUAAAGUGCUCACCUAAUGGACCCUUUGUUUUCUCAGUAGAGAUAGAAGCCAAUACUGUGCAUCAGAAACACUUGUUCAUUUCUGAAAACCCACAACUUCAAGUUUAGUCUUUUCUGACUCUUGAGAGGUUAAUUUUCCCCUCAGAUUUGAUGCUUGCUUUGCAGGGGUAUAAUCUCUUUGACAGUGCUCUGCAUACAGGCAAGUAUGGUAGACACUUUGUAAUCACCUAGUCCUGAUUCUUUGAUGCUCCUCAGCAGUGUUUUAACCUUAAAAUUCUACACAAAAGAUUGUAUCAUCUUAAACAAUAUGAAAUGUAAUAGUCCAGUUCUGGAUAGGAUUUGUCACCUUUUUUUCCUUGUUCCACAUGAACUAACUAUGAAAAAAGGACUCAAAAUAUUAGAAUAAGUCUUUUGGUUGUGUAUUAUGUAUGAAUGUCCUUCAGCAUUUAGGCAUUUGUGAACCUUUAAUGCAGAGAAAAAUAACAUUAAGUAGAACAAAGCAUAAUAAAAUGCACAGAUUUGUCUCUGAUCCACAAAAGGGGUUCUCUGAGCUGCACUAUUGAUAAUUUAUUAUGUGGGUGUUUGACAAGCCCACACAUACCCUGAUAUAACACUCUGCAGAUACAGUCUUCAGUGUUCUGUAACACCCUGGGAAUAUUUAAUUCAUAAAUCCUGAUGCUGAAGCCCUUAAGGUGUCAGAAACAUGGUGCUCAUGCCUGUGAAUCUGAGCAGGUUUGGUUAGUCAGAUAAAUACCAUGCUCCAAAUAGACUGUGAUCCUAAUGUACAACAGAAUAGACAAAACCACAAAAUAUAAUGGGAUUUAAAUUGCCAUUUGAGUAUGUUAGCCCUUUUCUUUGCAAGGAAUCAUUUUCCAGAGUUUUUGUCUUUAAAAUAUUUUCUCUGGGAAACUGGAAAAUAAUAAAUUCCUCCAUUAAUAAAAUGCAGAGAGGAGCAGGGGAAGAAAUAUUUUGAUUUAGCUUUGGUUGUGUAUAAAGGUUUCUAUCUGGACUUUUGAAAGGAUGGCAGUAUUCCUUCAUCUAGGAGGAGGGCAGGAUCUGCUGGUCUUGUGGAAUAAGGAACAAAUCCCUGCCCUGCUCAGGGCAACGUUUUAAUAAGCUUGAGGGAAAAGAAUCAAGUAAUCCAAGUGAGCAGGUGACCUCUGGUGAGGUUGUUGGUCAGGCCAGCAGGCAGGGUGGGAAUGUCCACUGCCUUGGACAGCAAUUGAACCAUGGAGUGCUACUUCCUGCAGCAGGGCAGCAGGAUGUGCCUGGGAUGAGGAGGGGACAGCUGGUGAGAGUGGCAGAUGGUGUCAUCCAUGGCUUCUCCCUGAUGCUGUACAUCACAUCUACAGGCACCUGUGCUGCUUCCCUAGCCUGUCAGCCCCCUCUGGCUCUUGCAGAGGUGGGACAUCCAGUGUGCUGCAUGUACAGAUCUGAUGGUCAGGAUUAGCACUGCAGCUUGAAAUCAUCCCAAAAAUGCCAACACCUAAACACUGAGCUUUCUAGCCAGAUGUGUUUUCUUUAGAGAGUUCUGAAGGAUUUACUGAGUUCUUUGCUGACUGCAGCACUUAAGCAUAAACUUGACUUUAAGUGGGAAUGCUCAGGUGCUUACAGUUGGUUUGUAAUAAUUAGUAAUGUACAAACUUAAGCCUGAUUGUUUAGUCCUUUCCUAAAUACCAGUUGCAGGAGGCAGAGGGGACAUAUUCAUCCCCUGCUGCUUUCUGGAGAAAUGUCACUUCUGUGGUUCUCUCUGUUCUAUAUUUCUUUGCACCAGAAAUGACCCCACUGCUCUUUGUCGACAGUGUUUCCUUUUAUCCCUCUCCUGGCAGCUGCUCUUGCUCCAUUCUGAUCUUGGAACAGCAAAUGAAUUCCCUCUGAAGCAAAUGUCAAGCCAGUAAAGAUGUUGAAGCAGCAAGAAAAUCAUCUCUGUCUCUGAAGACAGAAUUGGAGAUCUUUGUGAAUGAGAUGUUCUUAAAAUAGCUGCACAGUGUGUUAUCUUCCCUAGAAGGUGCAGAAUUGAAAGCAUCACCACAAGGCACUUGUCCUUGUGUGAGCAGCAUCCCUAAAUGAUGGGUUUUGGAGAGGGGAGAGAAGCAGGCUACUUAAUUUUCCUCCUCUCCAGGCAAAAAGCAUUGCAUGAUUUUAAUCUCUGUGUGAUGGUACAUUUAUGUUUUUUCCAAGAGUUGCAUUGCUGUUUGCUGCUUGUUUAAAUAUGUCACUUGUUGAGUGACCUUGUUCUCUAUGAUCCACUGUUUCUGGAGUGAACUUGUAGCUGAAAGUAAUGCCAAGGCACAGGCUGAGUAGAGGUGCUCUGAACUGGCCUGUCUGAGGAUCAGGGUGGCCGUGGCCUCUGUGCAGAGCAGAGAUUCUCAGCAGGUGGGGUGUGCCACAGCCUGGAUGGGCUGAACUCAGCAUCAAGUCACAUCAUGCACUUCAGUUCUUGUCUUGAUUCAAAACUGUUGUCCGAGGAACAGCAGCCUUGGAAACCUUCCGUGGAGUUUUGGGAUCACUGGUUCAAGUGGUGGAAGCUCCAUCUCUGUGGUCAGACGGACAACAGGCAUUGGUUGGACAUGGAGAAUUUGGUUAGCUUGGGAGCUUUUGCUGAGAUUUUUCCACCCUCAGCUAGUUUGGGGUGUUUGAUUCCCUGACAGCCUCAGGAGAGAGUAAUCCAGAAAAGUCUGAUACAAGAAUCAUGCCAGAAUCAUGAAUAGAAUCUUUUACAUGCCUGUGAAUAUCUCAAUACUUCUAUUUUUCUUCAACUUGGUGGAAGGGGAAUUGAUAAGUAAAAAUACUAGAUGCAAAAAUGAAAUCACUAAUUGAAGAACAGGGUUUUUUAUAGCAGUUUCAUAAUUAUAUUCAUAACGUAAGUUUAACUAGGAGAAAUGUUAAAAUUUUGACAUCUUCGGUUUUUCAUCUUUUGUGUGAAGGUGGAAAUAAUUAGCUGUACUGAUACAAACACAGAGUUUUCAGAAGUUUCUCAGUUAUUUUAAGACUAUUAUUUUUUUUCCUAGUCCUGUUUUUUUGACAUGAUAAUAUCUCUUUAAGGGCUUUCUUUACCAGAUCAAUUCCCUUCCUACCAGGAGAACUAAAGCUUUUCAGCUGUCUGUCCAAUUUAUCCUUCUGGACUAAAUUUCUCAUCUCGAGAUAACCAGCAGCAACUCUCCCCUCAGGAGAUUUGUAUCAAUUAGUUCUGCAUCACUAAUUCCUGUGGUAUUGGGGGACCAGUUGUAAGAAAGCUGCUCUGUAAACAGUUUUGACUGUUGGAGCUUUGUCUUUACUUUUUUUUGGUUAGAGGCCGUGGGUGCCGUCACUGGAGCUCUCGCUUGUGCGUGCCCACGAGGCUGGGCACUGCCUCACUGCAGAGGGCAUGCAGGGCUGCUUUGGGCUUGUGCUGCCUGGUGGGUUUGGGGGAUGUGAGCUCUGUCCCUCUGGCUGCAGCAGUGCCACCCCUGGUGUCACCAGCUCUUAACACACUGCCAGGUGGCAGGUGGGAGGUCACUGCCACUGCUGAUAACGUGAAUGGCUGAUGCAGUCUGGCAGGAAAGCAGGUUAGUCUGCAGCUGGAAUGCAGGCCAGGCUUCACCUAAUCCCUCCCUUAGCCACAAAGAGGUGGCUUUAAUCUAUUUAUUCUGCAUUUGGUUGUUUUUUCAGCCCUGAUCUAUCUGCAAAUGCCAUUGCACUGCUGGUCUGUUUCUAUCCAUUUGCCAUUAGCAGAUGUGUGGGGACAUGAGGCUGUUUUCAGGCACUCCAGUCUAAUCCCAGCAGUGCUGUAGGAUCUUGGGGAUUGCUCUGCAUUUAUGCAGAAGUAAAUGAUGUAUAACGUGUCAUUUUUAAGAACCUGCUACCAGCAAUUUUAGGAUUUUGUUAGACAGCUGGUUUUCUUUUUACUGAUGUUUUAGACAAAACUAAUUUGAUAGGAUUAUUAGAGGAGGAAAAUGAAAAGGACAGAAUCAUCCAGGAAGCUCAUUAAAAUGGAAACCCUGAAAAAACUGGGUAAUUGGGCAUUGAUUCUGUCCUCCCCCCCUCACUUUAUGAGCAGUAUUGUAUUAAAAGUAACAUGUCUGCAGGAUGAUGCUUCAACAUCUGUUACUGCUGAAACAAAAUGAUUUGCUUGUUUUUUCUUCUCUACAUUCUUCCAACAUCUGCAUGUGUAGAUCUAUCCUGUAUGUUUUUACCCCAUCUAACACAGUUAUUUUCCAGGGAAGAGGCACCAAAGGGAAUGGGAUCCUCCCUUUGCUCUGGAGGGGGAUUCUGCAUUGCUGCUCCCUUGGAUUAGAUCUGGGGUGAGUGGCUGUGAAAUGAAUCAUGUGAGCAAGGAGCCAGGGCUGCUCAGGGAGCCCAGGCACAGGUCUCUUGCUUACUUUUGGACUUGGACAGGCCUAAUCUGUGAAGAUAAUUAAAGUUCCUCUACUCUGGAUGCUCCCCAUGCCGCUGCCGCAGGCGGAGCUGGUGCGCAGCUCGCUGCAGCUGUACCGGUACCUGCUGCGCUGCUGCCGCCGCCUGCCCCCGGGCCCCGUGCAGCAGCACUACAGACACGCCAUCAGACAGAGUUUCAAAGUCCAUGCUGAUGAAGACGAUCCUGAGCGAAUCCAGCAGAUCAUUAAAAGAGCCAUUGAAGAUGCUGACUGGGUGAUGAAUAAAUAUAAAAACCAGAAGUAGAAGAGGAAGGAUGAAGCCAAGAAGGACUUUGGUAAACACCCUUAGAGGACUUGCUGUCAAGCCCAAUACAAUAUUCGAAUUAUUGCCUGAAGGUUUCUCUUGGAUAAUAUAAAUACAAUAAUUUAUAUUUCA